AUGGAUCGCGCUUGGCACAUUCCGUUCCUCGGUACCCUGGUGUCUUUCUUCGCGUCCUCGCCCUACAGAAUAUCAGGCCUCCUUUUGGUAAAAAUUAUGGAGGAAUUUAACGUCAACCGCGAGGAAGCUUCGUGGCCAGUAAAUAUGAUAUCUUCUGGCUACGACAUAGGAGGCCUUGUGUACGGUCUGCUUUCUCAAUGGCUAAGCUUAGCACAAACUGCCGUCGUUGGAGCGCUACUCACAUCAUUCGGAGUCCUUACGUCGGUUCUCGUUUCGAACAUUUGGUGGAUGACGUGCACUCUGGGAAUACUGCACGGACUGGGCAGUGGAACGAUGAGUGUCUGCACACAAGUUUUUGUGAGCCACAACUUCGUAGUUUACAGAGGAAUAGCUCAUGGCAUUGUAAGCACUGGGCCGAGCAUUUCAGCACUCGUCUUCCCAGGCCUCCUUUUGUUAAUGACAAGUGCAUACAACUUCAAGGCCUCCGUAGUCCUCCUUGGCGGCGUCCUUCUAAACUUGAUCCCCCUCAGUGCGCUUUUUACCCAUCACUCGGCAACGACACCGUUCAAUUUUUCAGAAACUAACAGUUCCCAAAACCCGACACCAUCAGAGACUGCGUCAAACAUUGAGGCAAAGCAACACGGAACUUUUGAAAAACCGUCCUCAACUCUUGAAUUGAAGCCAAGGCUCCUGAGAACAGUGGCAGAGUUACUUCGAACUCCAAUGUACUAUGUCCUUCUUGUAUCGUGGCUAGCCUUGUAUUUGAACAUGGACAUUGUUCUUUCUACAAUCGUCGACUUUGCCAAGGAUAUUGGAGUCUCCGAAUCUAAAGCCGCGGCCCUCCUUUCUUAUGCCUCAAUCACGGAUGCAUUGGGGCGACUAUUGAUUCCGCUUGUAGCGGAUAAGAAGCUUAUCCGUCGAAGCACCCUGUCGGCCGUAAACUUUCUGGCACUCGCACUAUUUGUUGCAGUCCUCGCCAGCGUGAGAUCCUACGUGAUACUGGUUAUUUUAACGCUUCCCAUGGCAGCGGGAAUAGGUUGCUCGCAGGCGAUGUUUGGUGCGCUACUGGCGGACUAUAUCGGCCUUCAACGAUUAUCAGCUGGUUAUGGCCUAUGCAGUGUCAUCGGCGCCCCGAUUCUACUUCUCAAGCCUCUAUUUAUAGGUUACUUCAGAGACACCAUUGGAUCGUACGUGAACAUGUUUCGUGUCCUGGCUGGGCUUCAAAUAUUGAACAGCGGCCUUUGGUUUGGAGUGCUUUUUGUAGAAAGAAAAAGGUUCACUCUGUCGCUUGGAAAAGAAACACCAAAAUAAUAGCGUAACCUACUACACAGAUUACAAUAAAAUACUGAAGCUGCCAGACCGAUGACGCGCAAGUAAAAAAAAACACAAAAAAGGGAGAUUUUUUUAAGCACAUUACACCACAGACAUCUCAAAGAAAGAAACAAAAUCUGAAGUCUUCGCAGAUACUUCACGAAAGACUGAGCAUUCAAAUAUAUCAAAUUUUUCUACAGCUAAUACUGGAGCGGGUGCAGCGCAAAGGUAGGUUUCGUGAUUUCUGGGCACACUUCAUAUGCGGGUAUGCUUUGAGCUUUGAGCUUCCAUUUAUGCUCCUGUUUUGUUAUUACCUCUCUGAGCACGCCAAGGCAUGUCUUGUAUCUGUUUUAGUUUGGUUUCCAUCCGGUGUGUUGUUUGAGUUUUAAUACGGAAUUUUGCGUUUCCUGUCAAUGUAGUGAGCACCACACAGGAGUCCGAUUUGGUUGUGUAUGAGCACAAGCAAAGUAAAUUAUUAUUAUUAUA